UUUACUAGGCAGGGGUUGUGUCAGUGUUAUGCGUAGAGUUUUUACGUUCUCACGUCUCGCUUAAUGAUUGGCGAGGUAAGAUGGCGGCGCCAGAGGAGCAAGAGUUAUCCCAGGCGCAGACUGAAAAACUCCUACAAUUCCAGGACCUGACUGGCUUGGAGUCCAUGGACCAAUGUCGUCGUACACUAGAACAGCACAAUUGGAACAUUGAGGCAGCAGUGCAAGACAGACUCAAUGAACAGGAAGGAGUUCCAAGUGUGUUUAACCCUCCGCCAUCCAGGCCCUUACAAGUCAACACUGCAGACCACAGAGUGUAUAGUUACAUUGUCUCAAGGCCACAACCACGGGGAUUACUAGGAUGGAGCUACUACUUGAUAAUGCUACCGUUCCGAUUGACAUACUACACCCUUUUGGACGUAUUCAGGUUUGCCCUGAGAUUCGUACGACCGGACCCCCGCGGCCGUGUUACCGACCCAGUAGGGGAUGUUGUGUCCUUCAUUCAAACCUAUGAGGAGAAGUAUGGUCGAUCACACCCAGUAUUUUACCAGGGGACAUACAGCCAGGCACUGAAUGAUGCCAAACGUGAGCUCCGUUACUUAUUAGUGUACCUUCACGGAGAGGACCACCAGGACACUGACGAGUUCUGCCGCUCCACAUUGUGUACAGAAGAGGUUGUAACCUUCAUUAACGCGCGGAUGCUCUUCUGGGCUUGCUCCACCAGCAAGCCCGAGGGAUUCAGAGUUUCCCAGGCACUGCGUGAGAAUACCUAUCCAUUCCUGGCCAUGAUCAUGCUGAAGGACCGAAAGAUGACUGUUGUGGGCAGACUAGAAGGGUUGGUUCAGCCAGAAGACCUCAUCAACCAACUCAACUUCAUCAUGGAAGCCAACCAAACAUAUCUGGUGUCGGAGCGCCUGGAGCGGGAGGAGAGGAACCAGACUCAAGUGCUGAGACAGCAGCAGGAUGAGGCCUACCUGAUGUCUCUCCGCGCUGACCAGGAGAAAGACCGAAAGAAGAGGGAGGAGCAGGAGCAGAAGAGACAAGAGGAGGAGCUGGUCCUCCAGAGUGCUCUAGCUGAAGAACGGAAGCGAAGGAACCUCGAGGAGGAGAAGGAGAGGAAGUCUGAAUGUCUUCCUCAGGAGCCUCCCGCAGAUGAUCCAGAGAGUGUCAAGAUAGUUUUCAAGCUGCCCAACGACACACGCGUAGAGAGACGCUUCCUGUUUGAUCAGUCACUGACGGUUAUUUAUGACUUCCUGUUCUCUUUGAAAGAAACCCCAGAGAAGUACCAGAUAGUUACAAACUUUCCCCGUCGAGUCUUGCCCUGCCUCCCCACCGAGGAGCAGCCCAACCCCCCCACCCUGAAGGAGGCAGGACUCAGCCGCUCAGAGGUCCUUUUUGUUCAGGACCUCACAGACGAUUAACAGUGAACUCUUCCUGUUUGGAAGACCCCCGCCCCCUCCCGCCCAACACCCUCUCCCCCAAGACCCCUCUCUCCAUCCCAGUCACCCUUUUUCGUUUUUUUUUGGUUAAUGGCCGUUCAUGCUCAUGGGAUUCUUGUGGAGAUUGCUAACCUUGGAAAAACACAUUUUAACGCCCUGAAAUGCCGACCGCAUUUGGUGGAGUUGACAGGGUUCCCGAUAGCCUGAAGAUUCCUGCAUUUUAUUAAAUAUAAACUUCUUUGGAAGUCCGAUCUUGAAACCAUGGAGGUUGUGUGAACAAAUAUCUGUAUCCCAGUUCUGUAUCCUUUGCAACCUAUACUAUACUUUUAUUUAAUUUUUUUAGUUUUUUGAAAACCAGUGGCCCUGCCAUUCCUUUCAUUGUUUCAAUAAAAAAAUUCUCUUCUCUAAAAUUAAUGGAAACGGUAGAUUAAUUUAAAGACAAAACUGUAAUUGGAUGGCUGGUGUAUGAUGCUGAGAAUAGAUGGCUGCAGGAUACAUUAUGGAAAUCAAUUAUAAAUAUUUAAGUACAUAAAAUCCCAAUUUUAAACCUUUUGCCUUACAAUUGCAUAUGUGCUUCUCACAUAUUGACUGACCCCUAUAGAAAUGGUCUGGACUCUGGUUUAUUUGCCAUGAUUGUGAUUUCAACUUGUUGUGCAGAGCCAGUGUGUUGUUUUCUGAUCGUGUGUAGAUCUGGGAACAGAAAAAUGCGGAAAACCUGUUCUAAGUGAGCCAUACUCUGUACAUAGGUUAGUUAUUUAAAGAAGAAUCCCAACAAUACUAAAAAAGAUGUAUGCUUUCCCGUUGACUCUUGUCAUAAAAUGACCACAUGUGGGAUGGUUGCUACCGGUAUAUACAAAUGCAGACUGACUCAUAACAAUUUUUUGCAAAUACAGCAAAAUGUAAACGGACCACAGCUUUUACAUGGUUUAAUGUAGUGUAGUAGUCUGCCCAUAAUGUGCCUGUGGUUAUUCAUCGAUUCCCAUUUUGCCUGACUUAACAUCUGAAUGGGCUGGUCAUGUAAAAAUGUAAUUUUCAAAUUCUAAAUUAAAUAUUGAAAAAUGUGGGUUCAUUCAAUUACACUUGAUAUCUGAUCUGUUCCAUUUUUUUUUUAAGUCUUGACGUAGAUGUUUAUUUUUUAUGUUUGGUGAAUGACUUGCAAAAUUAAUUGCAUACUAUGCAGCAUUUUCCCGAAUUGAUUUUGGUUCAUGUUUGUAAAAACAAAUCCACCACUUUUAUCAGUUGCUCCCGAGGAAAUUUAUCUACUGCCAUUUGCGCUCUUGUAUUGUUGAAGUUUUAUAGGGAGAGGAAAAGCCAUGCCUAGUUUCACUUACUGCAUAAAGUCCUGCCUGCUUCAA